CGGACAGAGGGGCCGUCGGACCCUCCGCGGCCAUGGCCGAGCGCGCCGCUCGCCCCUGCUGCCUGGGCUGGGACUUCAGCACGCAGCAGGUGAAAGUUGUUGCUGUUGAUGCAGAGCUGAAUGUGUUCUAUGAGGACAGUGUGAAUUUUGACAGAGACCUUCUAGAAUUUGGGACUCAGGGUGGAGUUCACAUUCACGAGGACGGGCUGACAGUGACCUCUCCAGUCCUGAUGUGGGUCCAGGCUCUGGAUAUCAUCUUGGAGAGGAUGAAGGCUUCGGGCUUCGACUUCUCUCAAGUCCUCGCCCUAUCUGGGGCGGGCCAGCAACAUGGAAGUGUAUACUGGAAGGCUGGGGCCAGCCGGGUGCUGACAAGCCUAUCACCAGACCUCCUGUUACAUAAGCAGCUACAGGCCUGUUUCUCCAUCAGGGACAGCCCGGUGUGGAUGGACUCCAGCACCACAGCCCAGUGCCGCGGGCUGGAGGCCGCCAUGGGCGGGGCCCAGGCUCUCAGCGGCCUCACCGGCUCCCGUGCCUAUGAGCGUUUUACAGGAAACCAAAUUGCAAAGAUUUACCAGCAGAAUCCCGAGGCCUACUCACAGACAGAGAGAAUUUCUUUGGUCAGUAGUUUUGCUGCUUCCCUCUUCCUUGGGUCUUACGCCCCUAUCGACUACAGUGAUGGUUCUGGAAUGAAUUUGUUGCAGAUCCAGGACAAAGUCUGGUCGCAGGUUUGCCUUGGCGCCUGUGCGCCUCAUUUAGAGGAGAAGCUUGGCGCACCCGUACCAUCGUGCUCCGUGGUGGGAGCCAUUUCUUCCUACUACAUCCAGCGGUACGGAUUUCCUCCAGGAUGCAAAGUGGUGGCCUUCACUGGGGACAACCCUGCGUCGCUGGCAGGCAUGAGGCUGGAGGAGGGUGACAUUGCGGUCAGCCUGGGCACCAGCGACACCCUAUUUCUCUGGCUCCAGGAGCCCAUGCCCGCCCUGGAAGGGCACGUCUUCUGCAACCCGGUUGAUGUCCAGCACUACAUGGCGCUCCUGUGCUUUAAAAAUGGCUCCCUCAUGAGAGAGAAGAUCCGUGAUGAAGCCGCUUCCUGUUCCUGGAGUGAUUUCUCCGAGGCUCUGCGGUCCACAGAGAUGGGCAACGGCGGGAAUCUGGGUUUUUAUUUUGACGUAAUGGAGAUCACCCCUGAAAUUAUUGGGCGCCAUCGGUUUAGUGCAGAAAACCGACAGGUCUCAGCAUUCCCUAGGGCUGUGGAGAUCCGGGCACUGAUCGAAGGGCAGUUCAUGGCCAAGAGGAUCCAUGCUGAGGGCUUGGGCUACCGAGUCAUGCCCAAGACAAAGAUUUUGGCCACUGGAGGGGCAUCUCGCAACAGAGACAUCUUACAGGUGCUUGCAGAUGUGUUUGGUGCCCCAGUGCAUGUCACAGACACUGCCAACUCGGCCUGUGUGGGCUCUGCAUACCGAGCUUUCCACGGCCUUGCAGCUGGAACAGACGUGCCCUUUUCAGAGGUUGUGAAGUUAGCCCCAAAUCCCAGAUUAGCUGCUACCCCAACCCCAGGAGCUGCUCAGGUCUACGAGGCCCUUCUCCCGCAAUACGCCAAGCUUGAGCAGAGAAUCCUGUCCCAGACCCGGGGGCCUCCAGAGUGA